AUGCGCCAGCAUGCUGUGGACAUGAACGGUUGCCCUGGCGUGGCUGGAGCCCAUCGGAUGGCAACACCCAUCGGCCUACCCAUGCUGCUGUGCCCCACGCGCAGCUCAAGGAGUGCCUUCCUGAAGAAUGCACGUGCCCUUGACUGCAGGCCUUCGCCCCACACAGCUCCCCGCAGUCAGAGUCGCACAGUGCCAAUGGCUGUUGCGGCAACAGAAAGGGCAGUUGAACCUGACAAGAGACAUUACCAGUCAAGUGGGGAGGUGUCAGUGGGCAACGGCAGCACACCCCCUGUUCAUGUGGAAUGGUACAACAAGAACAAGGAGCUGUGGUGCGAAGCACGAUCCAGUGAGGAGCUGCAAGCGAUCAUAACGGAGGAGGAGGAGAAGUUCAUCUUGGCAGAUUUUUAUGCAGGCUGGUGCAGUUCCUGCAAGGCCGCCUACCCAGCCCUGUGCAAGGUGGCUGCCAACCCGGACUUCACUAAGAACUUCAAGUUCGUGAAGGCCGACGUGCAGACCAGGGACAUAGCACAGUACAUUCGAACCCAGGGUGUGCGCGGCAUCCCCACGAUCAUCGUCUUUGCGCCCGGCGGCGCCAAGGUGGCGCACUUCGGGGCGUCCUUCAGGAAGAUGAACAUGGUGAAGGCAAAUCUGAUCGUCAUCGCAUCCAACAAGGGCGCCGAGUUCGUGACAGACCCGGACGGAUAUGUACUUCCCAGGCCAGGAUCAAAUUGA